AUGAGUGCCGGAGCCAAUAAAUCAAUCAAUCUUUAUCGUCAGAUUUUACGUCUUGCUCGAAAUUGGAAAGCUUUGAAUCCUGAACAUACCGCUGCCGAAAGAGAAGCAAUCCGGAAAGAAGCACGAGAGCAGUUCCGAGCUCACGCUAAGGAAACUGAUCCGAAAACGAUAGCGGAUCUUCAUCGUGAGGCCGAAGCAAGGAUCGUAUCGGCUGAGCACUACGGAAUCCCCUAUAAGAGGCCAGAAUACUUACCUCCAAACACGUCAUAUGGUAGAAUGUUAAACUCAAAAGAGGACAGUUUAGAAGGAGAAAUAUACCGAAACCUAAAUUUAAAUGAAUUCCCUUACGCCCUGAAUUCGUUCGAUCAAUCACCACUCUCGUUCACUGCUGUAAGACUUCUUCGUUCAAUUGUUCAUUCGUUAGAUUUAGAAGUCAACAAUUUCGUUCGUCAAUAUUUUGCGUGUGUUUCUAUAAGUAAAGAUUCAUUGGCCGAAGUGAUUCGAUACUGCGAAGAUGCUUUAGAAGGGAAACGUCUCAUUCAAAAUGUUUUAGCUUCCGAAAUUUGGAUUCGUUUUCCAGAGAAACGAAAUUCUCAUUCGAAAAUUUUAAAAGAGUUGGUUUCAUCGGUAUGUAUAAUCGUGGAAUUUCACUCAGAUUCCACAAAAUUCCUGUUAUUCUUUUCAUUUUACUUGUCAAUUGUAGAAUCUGCUUCACUGAUGUCGUCGGAGGUUUGCGAUGGCUUAUAUGAAGCAGUCACUCGUUCAAUGGACACCUCAGCGGAUUACGGUCAUCGUUUGUAUUUGAGUGGAUCUGGGAAACGUUUCAUUGUCUUGAAAGAGAAAAAUGAACAACUGUCACUUGGUACCACAGGUCUAUCGUGCUGGCAGGCUUCGUGCGAUUUGGCACACUACUUACUGGGUGUUGGUUCGAGUUAUUUGCAAGGUCGUAAUGUUUUGGAGUUGGGUGCAGGCUGUGGAUUUUGUGGUAUUGCUUUGGCGGCCUCGGCUAUGCCACGAAGUGUCACACUAACGGAUUGUAAUGCACAUGUGCUUACACUUCUUCGACAAAACGUCGAAAAUAAUUUCUCUGAGGAAUCAAAGCAGCAAGUGAAAAUAAAUGUUUGUCAUUUUGAUUGGACAUCAAGUAAAGCGAGCGAUCUGCCCACGAGACCAGAUCUUAUCGUUGCAUCAGGCAAGAAUUUUGGAAUUGCAGAAUCGAAUGGUCUGAAGGUGGAUGAGAAAUUCAUCUUUUCAAAUGGCGCAUUCAGAUUCAACGAUGGUCGUCGUAUCAUUGAACCAUCAUUGUUUCCAUUUGUUUCCACAAUUAAUUGUCCAACAACUUUUCACUGGAUUUCUUCAAAAUAA